AUGUGGUCAACCUUUUAUGUCGACGCGAAUGGUUCCACGACGGGGGCUCGACCGUUUCCUAUUCCUCCUGCAAGUCAACCCUUUGUUGCGGAGUCAAAGGCAUUCUACAAUGUCAUUGGUACAAAUCCAAGUCUCUCCGUCAUCGCACAGGCCAGUGAUAAUCAAUUCCAUGAAGCGGGUGUUUACAUUUCAGCAACAAACGAGGUCUACUUCACGUCUAACAUUCUCAAUAAGACAGGAGCUAAUGAGAACUACCAAUAUCCCAUCUACGCCAACUUCAACAAGGUUUCUCUCAACAGCACGAAUGGAACUUAUGAAUGGCAGGUAGUACCACAACCGUCAUCUCAAUUCGUACUUCCCAACGGAGGAACAUACUACAAUGGAAAAGUAUUAAUGGCAAUACAAGGCUACCAGUUGAACACACCCAGCUCAUUAAUCGCGUUUGACCCCUUCACUCAAAGAGCCGAGACGCUCUUGAAUAAUUUCUAUGGCAGGCCUUUCAAUAGUCUAAACGAUGUUGCUGUUCUUACCCGAGGAAGGAAUAUAAAAACCCCCGUAGGAGAGCAGUGGGUCUUUUUCACGGACCCUACAUAUGGUUAUUAUCUACAAAAGUUUAAACAAUAUCCUCGGCUUCCCUCGCAGGUCUAUGCGUUCCAUCCACCAACCGGAACCAUCCGCGUGGUGGCUGAUGGGCUACAAAAGCCUAACGGUAUCCAGUUCAGCCCAGAUAUGCAAACAUGUUAUAUUUCAGAUACUGGACUUUUGAGCGAGGAUCCUGCUGAUUCCGCCCCUCGUGAUGGCUCUGGCCCUGGUACGAUUUAUCCUGAGCCUGGCUCUGACCCGACGACCGAUCCACCGGCUCUCAUCAAUAAGCGUCUAUUCGCAUUCGCCGAUAACGUUGCUCCUGACGGAAUAAAAGUUGAUACCGACGGAAAUGUGUAUGGUGGUUGCUUUGAUGGCGUACACGUAUGGCUUUCCUUGCUUGGUCUGGAACAAGAAGGGUGCACUACUCGGAAAGAUCUGCUCGGUUUAGACGUUCCUUCCGAGAUACCUGGAGUCCCAGCUGGAAGAGGAUGUGCAAAUAUGGUAUUUGUGCCAGGAGGCUUGCUCAUGUUUGCCGAAGAUCGCAUGUACCUCGCGAGGAUCAAGGCCAAAGGUGCUCUUCUACCCUGA